UUUAAUCCCGGGACGUUCGUAGUCGAAGCGGACGAGGAUCGAUCGGAAUCAGCGGAACAACCGCGGCCCGGAAACAGCAAAAGCAGCGUGGUUGUUCUGUAUAACGAUAAAUCGGCCGUGCCACCCUCGACAUCCCCUGAACCACCCCUCAGAGCCACCCAAUCGGAACGUGCGAUUCCACGCGAUUCGAAUCUAUCGGCGGACACUGUUCAACUGUUACGAGACAAAAAGUCGAAUCCGACGGAAACACCGGAAGACGGGUCUCCUACGUAUCCGAUUGACCGAAGAAAAGUUACUUUGAGACGACGUCGACGUCCAUCGAAGCGGCAAAGGCCACUCAACGUGCACGUUUAUCAGGAUAGUCGGCUACUCCAGGUCGCCUCCUUGUCCAAGGAUCAUCGUGUCGGUUCGAGAGAGGCGCGUUUGGUGGAAAAGAGAUCCGAUCCGGCGAGAUACACGGUCAGGUCGGCGAAAAAUUUGAUUAGAUCAGAAGAGGGAUCGUCUACACGGCAGGACGACGAUUCGGAUGAUCUCGAUCGAGCUAGGAGAUCGGACAAGCACUGGAAGCUCGAUAGAACCUUCAGGGAACGAUGUCGUCCCUCUGAUAAUUCCGUUCCCAAACUAAUGGCUCGUCCCGGUCCUGGAAGGGACGGCGAUUGCGAACAGCUAAGAAACGAAGGGGUUUAUCCGAAUCUGGCCUACCUAAUGCAACAGAUGCACUCUCGUCCACGAGAACGAGGCGACGAUCGUGCAUUUAUCAGCGUGAACGACGGCGACAAUUCGAAGCGGGUGUUCCCGUUUCAAGCGACCCCGAGCGGUAACCUGAAGAUCGUUCCCAAUCAGGUGGUAUUCGAGUCGAAAAAGGUCAGCGUGUUAGUGGCUGAUCCACGACACACCAAGGUGAACGUCAAAGCUGAACUGAGUAGAUCCGGAAACGAGCUAGCUGGACGUUCGUCGGAAUCUUCGACGCGACCAAGAUUCAUCGAUCUUCCACCGGGUGUCUCAUCAUCGACAAUCAAUCAAUUGCAGGCUCAGAAGAAGCUGCCAGCUGUCGAGGGCAAACACAGGUCCACGAUGCACCCGUUUAAGGCGAAGCUCGCUCAAACGGAGAUGAUAGAAGCGAAGCAACAGCAACAAGCGACAGCGUCAACGUCUUACGAGAUGCCAACGUUAGAGGAGGUGCCACUUUCAGCACUCGGAUUUACGAGCGAACAACCGAUCGAUUGGGAGAACAUCAUUCUCCCGGAGAAAACCGACCUGUAUCAGGAGUUGGCCAGGCGUAUCACAAAUUACAAGAACGCCGAUUGUAUUGUGCGAAUCGAUCAGGACGAGUUCCAUUGUCACCUGCUAGUGCUGCAGAGCUACAGCGGCUUCUUCGACGAGAAGAAUUGCAAGGAGAUCGAUCUAACCGGGAACGAAGUAUCCUCGAAGGCGUUCUCAAUCAUUUACGACUGGAUGAUCAGUUCGCAAAACGACAGCUAUCGCCUUCUACAAAGGGACAAUAUCUUGGAGGUCUUUACAGCUGCACAGUAUCUCGGAAUCAAAGAACUGGAAGAACAAUGCUGGGCGUUUAUAGACAACGACGAAUUAUUCACAGAAGACACCGCCUUCUUGUUAUAUUUAGAGGCAAGAAAAAUAAAAAACAACGCAGUUAUGGAGUUAAUGGUACCCAGGAUCAUGAAGUUCUUCCUGAUACUCGUCAGCACUAAAGACUUCCUAGAAUUAUCCGUUGAUGAACUGGGUCUUUUAUUAAAGUCCAAUUAUAUUUCUGUCAAUAGUGAAAUGGAAGUUCUGAUGUCUGCUGUUCGAUGGCUGAUGCACGAUUGGGAAAACAGAAAGCAAUACAUGUUGCAAGUGUUAAAAUGCGUUAGAUUCGGAUUAAUUGCACCGUGGCAGCUGGUAGAUGUUAAAAGAAAUCCAGAGAAUCCUGAAUUCAUGGAACUCAUGUCUUAUCCCGAGGUGCAGAAAAUGGUGGACGACGGUUUAGCUUUCGUUAUCAUUAAAUACUGGUAUGGCAAUCAGACUGAAGAUUAUUACCAUUGGAUCGAUUUAUUAGGACUGUCAGAGCCAACUAAUCGAAACUGGGCCGGAGAGGACAAAAACUAUGUGACGUAUCGAGAAUUUCUACUUUAUCUCGAGGAGUACCAGAAAACCAAAAUUUCAGAAUUGAAAAAUCGGAGGAAUCGACCCAAACCCAUUCCUCCCAAUUCACCCCCUAACGAUUACGCACUUCCACCCCCUAGAACAUCAAACGAUUAUGCACAGAGCUCAGGCGAUACCCCGGCAAUUCAUAACGAUACAGGAAUGCAUCCAAGGCAUUCGAAGGUUGCCAGUGGAAACUAUUUGCCGAUGGAAAUUCCCGAAGGUAUGAUGAUGCCACCGAAAUUUAUGAACGACUACCUGAGCAGCUUGGAAAGAAGCAAAGGGAACGAACAGAGGAACGUUGCCUUCGUCAGUAGAUUCACCGGAGGCGGAGAAUCGCCGAAACUCGCCUACAGAUCAUCGACCACGGAGAAACGUGUACAAGAACAAUGUAAACGUGGCGUGAACUUACCGGAUACCGCUAAAUUCGAUUACGAGAACCGACAGGAGAAGAAGGCGACGGAUGUUUGUCGAUGCCAGCAGCGCGAGUCGAAUUUGAUAUUUUCCACGAGGAAGCAGCAGCAGCAACAACACCAGGGAAGGUGUAAGAGGGAACCGGAAAAACGAACGGCCUCCGUUAAAUCGGAAGAGGAAGCAGCCACCACGAUACAGGCUGUGUACAGAGGAUUCAAGGCUCGAAGAAAAUUCGACGAAAUAAGGAAAUCAACAUCGGAGGAGAAGCGGAAUAUCAAGAAGGUAGCGGAACUUUUAGCCAUUCCGAUGGACGAAGCACCGCGCAAUCCCUCGAAGGAUACCAUCAGAAUUUCAAGCAGCUCAGCGAAUCAAAUGAGAAACGAGGAAGACGUUACACCAGGAUCGUUAAGUCCCAGGAAAAAUUCGAAGGAACAAUCGAUCCUCCGGAACAAAAGUCAACGUAUCGUUGGAGAUCAAUUGGAUCAUAUGGACGCGUCUCUACCCACUUACGAAAAAGAAAGGAACAAGCGAAUUCUGCAGAACGCGGUGAACCAACGGGACGUACCAAAAGCUAUCACGACUAUAAAAUCACCGAUGUCUUUUUCAAAUUACGACGAAAAAACCAGUUCCCCUUCGGAUAACACGGACACGGAUGAUCCUUUCUCUCCGCGAACAGACGCGAAAUCAACGCUCACGGAUUUCAACGAACGCGUCGUAAUCGAUGAAAACGCAACGAGAAACGAUGAAACGAAUUAUCAAGACGGUGACAAUCCGCGGCGAGUGAAACCGGGUGUAAAGAACGUUCCGAUUAGAUCCGUCAACUACAAACGACCGCUACCGCAGAGGAUUAGCAGCAGCAUGUUGAGUUCGAAUCCGGACGGCUAUUAUUUCGACAACUCUCUCUUUUUCCCUGAUCGAGAAUCGAUCCUGGUGUUCGGUGGAGUCGAUCCCCACGAGGAGUACGGUCGUCACGGGAACACGGGCAAGGACAUAUACAGAUUUAAACCUGACGAGAACACUUGGGAAUUCGUGGGUGUGAUACCGCAAGCGCGACACCAUCACUCGGCCGCCUAUCUAAGAGGUCGUAUUUACUUAGUAGGAGGAGCGGAUCCGCUGGAAGACAAACUGCACAGGAAGAGCACCGCGGUUGGAAGCAUGUGGAGUUACGACCCGACAACCAGGACUUGGUUCAAUGAACCCGGCAUGCUGACAGCCAGAAAAGACUUCGGACUGGUGGUCAGCCAUGGGAAAAUGUACGCCAUAGGAGGGCAAGGCAGCAACGGGAUAGCUUUGAAAACAGUGGAGACUUUCGAUCCGUCGAAUUCUACUUGGAAGGAGAUGCAACCGAUGCAGACAGCCAGGGUGGGACCAGCCAGCGUGAAAUAUAGAGACCUAAUCUGGGUCGCUGGCGGCAUGACAAAAUCGAAAAAAGAGCUGUUCUCGAAAGACGUGGAAUGUUACGACCCGAUGAAAAAUUUAUGGUUAAAAACGGUUCCUUUGAGGACACCUAGAUGUUUUGCUUCCUUUUACGUUGUGUCGGAUUGCCUUUACGUGAUCGGUGGAGCAUCGACCACCGAAAACGGAACCCAGAGCAUCAACACCAUCGACGUGUGGAACGGAAACGAUUGCGUUUGGAGAGAACACGCAAACAUGUCGAUCGCGAGACACGGACAUACCAUCGGGUCGAUAGGAGACCAGUUGUUGAUCAUAGGAGGUGUGACCACAGUGUUUAUGAAAACCUUGAGCAGCGUCGAAUGUUAUUGUUGUGAUAUAGAGAAGUGGAUGAAAGGUGUUUCUGGGCUGCCACAUGCUGUUUCUGGUCACGGAACCGUGUCCUUACCGCCAGCAAAUCUUCUGAUUGAUCACUGAGUAACUGAAAUUAAAAGAUCAUGUUUCUCUAUGUUAUGCGUUUAAUGGUCGACACAUUAAACAAUUAUCGCUGCCAUUUAUAUUUUAUAAGUUUUCUUUAUUCAUUAUAGAUUUUAAUUUUUACACUCGUUUGGUUAUACAUUAUAGAAGUUUAUAUGAUUUUAUUUAAACAAUGCUUAAUAACGAAUAAAAUAACAUGAGAAAAGUUACCUUUCAUGUUCAUUCGACACGUGAAUCGUCCACGACAAGAUCACAACACAACAAUAGUGCCAGCGCUAUCUGAUGGUGGCUGAAGAAACUAGAAAAACAGAAAAUGGCAUCUUCGAAAAAAAAAGCAAUUUCUGUGUAUUAAUAACAAGUCUAGAGCAUUCUACGCUUUAAAAGCAGCACAAUGAG